AUGUGUGGAAGAUAUAAUGAGAUUCUAUACGGUGUCGGGUUCGGAAUGGACUAUCUGAGAAAAAUCAGUCCUAAUUUCCUACUCAGAGGUAUCGAAAAAUAUGAAUAUCGAGAAAGAUCUGGAAAGUUUGGUAAACUGCCUAAAACAGGCACGGAGAACCCUAAGCGUAUGGAUGAUCGAGCUGAGGUGGCAAUCAACAAACGAACAGGUGGAAGUUACGCUGUUGUUCAGAAAUGGGUUCGCAAAAUGAGUUUGCUCUAUAAGACAGCUGAUGGGGAAAAAGAACGAUGGAUUGGUCGAACUAUAAAAGAUAGCUAUGAGUUGAUAAGAAAACCGGAUACAUCACAUGUUGCCAGAAUGGUUGGAUCUGCGGAGUUUAAAGCUAAAAAGAAGUAUAGAAUUGUUCGACAAGCUCAACCAUAUGGAACUCUAUCUGGAGGUGCUGGUCUAUUAUUCAUAGCAUACGCUGCAGAUAUAGACAAUUUCAAUUUCAUGCUAGAUCGAAUGAUUGGUCACCGUGGUGACAAGAAAAAUGAUAAUAUAAUGGUAUUCAGUCGAUGUGUUACAGGAAAUUAUUGGUAUUUUCCUGGUUUGCUUGAGUUUAACCUUUUAGUCCGUAAUCUACCAAGAGGAAUUCGAUUAUAA